AAGAAAAUGACUAACAUGUCAGCGCCCAUGGGUUGACCAGCCUGACUCUGCUACAGCACUCGCAUUGACUAGUUAUGUCCGGAUUUAUUGCUAUUCAUCUGGGUGCAGGAUACCAUUCUCCUGAGAGAAAAGCUGAAUACAAUGAGGCUGUCAAUAAAGCAUGCCAACAGGCAAUAUCUGUCCUGAAGAAUGGUGCAAACGCUGUGGAAGCAGUUGCUAUAGCAGUAUCAACACUUGAGGAUAGUCCAUGUACAAAUGCUGGCCUUGGAUCAAACCUGACCCUAGAGGGCGGUGUUGAGUGUGAUGCAGGUAUCAUGGAUGGAGACUCUCUGCAUUUUGGUGCUGUUGGGGCUUUAGGAGGAAUACGGAACCCAGUCAAAGUCGCCAAAGCUCUGUUGUGUGAACAGCGCAAAGGACUUCUGUCACAUGGUCGUAUUCCUCCAUGUGUACUGGUUGGUAAUGGCGCUCUGCAGUGGGCCUGUGAUCAUGGGUUCAAGGAGGUCAAUACCAGUUCCCUCAUCACCCCAAGGGCACUGUCUGCCUAUCGUAAACACAAGAGGGCCCUAACAGGGUUUAGCACCCUGCCGCCAGACCAGCAGGAGUCAUUAGCGAAGAGGAUGAAGGGAGAUGGGUCUCCAGUGAUUGAUGGGGACACCAUGCAAGACACAGUGGGGGCAGUCUGUGUGGACAGCAAUGGUCAGAUCGCUAGUGCUGUGUCCAGUGGUGGGAUAGCCCUUAAACAUCCAGGGAGAGUAGGACAUGCCAUGUUUUUUGGAUGUGGAUGCUGGGCCCAGUCCCACACCAAGACAUCCAUGUCGGUGAGUGUUGGAUGCAGUACCUCAGGGAGUGGAGAGCAGCUUAUGAGAUGUAAUCUAGCCCAGACCUGCUGUGAGGGACUACUUCAAAGUGAUGAUCCAACCUCAUCAUUGGGUAACACCUUUCAAAGGCAAUAUCUAAAAUCACCAUUUCUAACUGACGAUGCGGCAAGGCUUGGUGGGGCUAUUGCAGUGAGGUACAACCAUAAAGACAGAGACGCAGAGAUACUGUGGACACACUCCACUGAUAGUCUAUGUGUAGGCUACAUGGACACCACGCAAACUAAAGCAAAGAUGGUGAUAUCAAGAUUACCUCCUGGAGCCAGCGCAGGAUCCACCUAUUCCCUAGGAGGAGCCACAGUCCACCUGCCUUUGAUUGAAGAGCCUCCUUGACGACACCCAUCCUCCUUCUUUGAUUGGAGGAUAGUAUGGUGUGUGUGUGCCACCAGGAGAAUACUGAUGGAGACCGGAAUAGCUAGGUAAUCUGCUGGAGCCAACGCUGGAUCCUCAUUUUAUCUUCCUUUGCUCAAAGAGCCUCCUUGACAAUCAGUACCAAUUCUCCAUCCCUUCAUUGGAGGAUAGCAGUGAUCCUGGAAUAGCUGCAGUAUUGGUCACCUAUAGCAGGAGCCUGAGCAGGAGCCAGUCAACUGCUUGAUAUACCAGAGCCGUGAUGAUGUUUUAAACAUCUUCCAUUUUGAAGAUACUGUUGCCGUGGUAAUGUAGUCACGUUAGCUCAUGAGGGAUCCCAUUUUCUCUACCGGGAGCCAUGCAUUGCAGUCAUCUGUCCAGUUGAAUUAUAAUAUGUUGAUACUACUAAGUUGGUUCACUUUGAUGGAGGAUGCUGUCAUAAUGAUACGUCCAAGUUGACUCCAGCUGGAGUCAUUUGUCACCUAUUGAACACCAAGGAGCGACUUUGAAGUAAAUAUACCAGUAUGUUUGAAAUUAAUCUGGUUUAGAAUCGCCACACAUGACCGACACACUGGGUUAUUUUAUUUAGACAAAUUUAUUCUAUCUUGUAAUUUUUUUUUUUUAAAUUUACAUUAACAAAUACGCACAUUUGCCAUUACAGACAAUGAAAUGGAAUUGAAUCAGUUGGCAAAAACACAAUGCAUUUUAUCAGAUAGUACAUUGACAUUCUACCUUUAUUGCUGAUAAGCCUCCAUGCUUGCAUGAUAUGUUUAAUUUUAAAAAUGCUAACAUAUUACUCAAUAGUACUCUCUGACAUACCUCAGAUUCCUAAGAUAUAGUAAUUAAUCAAUGAACGCAGUGAAAAUGGACAUCUCAGUGAUAGUUAUUUUCUUAUUUUGGGUUAUAUGAGCUUGUAUUUAUCACUUAUUCAAAUUGUGACUAUCAUUGUAUUGAGGAAAUGGGGAUGGGCUCAGAUAAAUUUUUAUUGCAAUGAAAAAGAUGUUGGUCUUCAAUGUUGCAUGCACACAGAACACUUCUUUAAAAAAACAAAGUGAUUCCAUGUCUAGGAGUGAGAUAGCUACUGAGAAAUCCAUUUCAGAAUGUAAACAUAACAAGGAAUAGUAUUAAUUAAUUCAGUGCCUUGUUUAACAAAAACAUUUAACAUUUAGACAUAAAUGAUGUUAAAUUAUGCAGAUUUAGUCUAUGUUAUGGGGAUUAGACUACAGAGAAAUAAAAUGCUAAUGAAUUAUUUAUAGAA